GUUUGUUUGUUUCCGAACCACAUGCUUCGAUAGAUAGCCAAAUGAAAGUUUUCCUUCAGAUUUAUUUCAGAAAGUACUUGGUUUCACAUUAGCUUUAUUGCUUUCGCCUAGACUCAGCUUCUUACACCAAGCCGACCGAACUGACUAAUUUUGGAAGAACGAAUUAAGCUGAUAAAGUACAUCCCAAAAGUACACAGAUCCAUCAAAUCUUUCAAUGCACGUGGAAAGAUUUGGUUCCACAUGUGUAUAUAUAUGCCCAUCCCGAGUGCUCAAACCUCUCCAACACAUAUCGCAAAAUCGUGGAAAUUCCAAGAUCGAAAAGAUGAGGCCUGUAACCCAGUUCUUGUUUUGCUGUUUCUUCAUUGUUCUUGUUUUGCAUUCAUCCCGGCCUGCAACAUCUCAAGAAGUUGAUGAUGAGCGAGAAUUUGACUACAGUGAGAAAAGUGGAAAGGGACCGUCUCAAUGGGGAGAGAUUCACCCUGAAUGGAGCCUGUGCAAAGAUGGAUCAAUGCAAUCUCCGAUUGAUUUGCUGAACGAAAGAGUGGAAAUAGUUUCCCAUUUAGGGAGACUUAAUCGGAAUUACCGUCCCUCUAAUGCCACUCUCAAAAAUCGAGGCCAUGACAUGAAGCUGGAAUGGGUAGGCGGCGCAGGAUAUAUUGAAAUAAAUGGUACCCAAUAUGUACUCCGGCAAAGCCAUUGGCACUCACCCUCUGAACACACUAUCAAUGGCCGGACGUUUGAUCUAGAGGUGCAUAUGGUCCAUGAGAGUUCCGAUGGAAAAGUUGCUGUGGUUGGAAUUGUGUACACGAUUGGACGCCCUGAUUCUUUCUUGUCAUCGAUGAGGCAUCACUUGUCAGCCGUUGCCGGUAGCAGAGAAGACGUGACAGCGGUGGGAAUCGUCGACCCAAAGAACAUAAAGAUAGGCAGUAGAAAGUAUUACAGAUAUAUUGGGUCCCUUACAAUUCCCCCUUGUACUCAAAAUGUUGUAUGGACCAUCGUGAGAAAGGUGAGGACUGUUACACGAGAACAAAUUAGGCUGCUUCGCGUGGCCGUUCAUGAUGAUUCAGAAACAAAUGCAAGACCACUACAACCAAUAAAUAGGCGGUCAGUGCAUCUAUAUAGACCGAGUGAAGUGGAAGAUUAAGUUCUCAUCAUUUUACAGCUCGACUGCAACCAUCAACCUAAGAAAUGGCGUGUUUAUUUCCUUUGUUAUACGUUGCCUAUUCCUCGUACUGAGGCUUAGAACUUGGGACGGGUUACAAUAUACAUGAUGUAUUAAAUUUAUUUCCUUUGUUUUACGUUAAUUGUCUAUUCUUCGAGAGCAUUUAUAUGAGUAAAUUUACCAGCUAGAGGAUUAUGUCUAUAUAUAUCUACCUUCCAUGCAUCAUGACAAGCGUGCUUCCAAAUGCUUGAAUCUCUUCUGUCGUAUAUAUUGAUUAUGCCAGCAGCAAAUAAUUGUGAACAGAGCUCCUUUUUCAUAAAA